GCUUAGACGAAACCCUCGAGGGUUAAAAAAAAAUCAAUUAAAGUGAGGCGCAAGCAAACGACGCCGUUGGGAGCCUGUUUUGGAGCGUGUGUUUUUUUUUUUUUUGGGCCAUCACUUAGGGACAGAAAACGUGAAAUCUGAAUCUCUCUCUCUUUCGCUGUCCGAUUCCGACAGAUAGACAAGGGAGAGAGAGAGAGAGAGAGAGAGAGAGGGCGCGAAACAGAGAGAGAGAAGGACGACCCACGAUAAUGGAUGAUCCUUCGAACGCGAAAUCUAGCCAAUGCCCGCCUAUGGCCAACCUAGCUCCGACGUCGGCGCCGUUUCGAGGUCCGUUCCAUCGGCGAGCGCAUUCGGAGGUUCAAUUCCGCCUCCCUGAAGAUCUAGAUCUCUCCGAACCCUUCGGAGGAUUCGACGAGCUUGGAUCCGAAGAUGACAUCUUCUGCUCAUACAUGGACAUUGAGAAACUCGGAUCCGGAUCCGGAUCCGCUUCCGAUUCGGCUGGACCAUCCGCUCCCAGGUCGGAUAACCCGUUCUCCGCUGAAAAUGGAGGCGAGGCUGGGAAUUCGAGACCUAGGCAUAGGCACAGCCUCUCCGUUGAUGGGUCUUCGACUCUGGAAUCAAUCGAGGCCAAGAAAGCCAUGGCUCCUGAUAAGCUCGCCGAGCUCUGGGUCGUCGACCCCAAGAGAGCUAAAAGUCAACUGUUUGGAAUUGAAAGUCAUGGUUUCAAAAUGGAUUUGGUUCGGAAAAUUUUGGGAAUUAGCUUUGUGGAUAAUUGCUAAUCGACAAUCUGCUGCUCGUUCGAAAGAGAGGAAGGCUCGGUACAUCUUGGAGCUGGAGAGGAAAGUUCAGACCUUGCAAACCGAAGCUACUACCCUUUCAGCACAACUAUCUUUGUUCCAGAGAGACACAUCUGGCUUGUCAUCUGAGAAUACAGAGCUCAAGCUUCGUUUGCAGGUCAUGGAACAACAAGCUAAGUUGCGAGAUGCACUGAACGACCAGCUGAAAAAGGAAGUCGAGAGGCUGAAAUUCGCAACGGGAGAAGUCUCUGCCGCUGAUGCCUACAACCUCGGAAUGGCACACAUGCAGUACUCUCAACAGCAGCAACCACAACAGUCCUUCUUUCAACAACAUCAUCAUCAGCAACAGCAAACCGAUGCUCAGAACCUGCAACAGAUGACUCAUCAGUUUCAUCUCUUCCAGCCCAACAACAACAACAACCAAAACCGGAACAUGACGUCUUCAUCCUCUCGCCAAAACCCUCCCACCGGUCAUCAGCUUAUGCAUCAUCAUCACGCUACUUCUAAUGCAUCGGCUCAGUCCCAUUCCUAUUCAGGGGCAAUGCACGAAGACCCUCUUGGCCGGUUACAGGGGCUUGACAUUAGCAGCUGUGGCAGAGGCUCAAACUUUGGUAGGUCUGACACCGUCAGUGAAAGCAGCAGCACCAUGUGACAGGUUGCCUUUUUACGGAUUCCGCUUUGUCGAUAAAAACCUUAUUCUUUUGCUCUCCUUUGAAAUCUUUAGCUGAAAGGGUAACAUCUUCGUCACCGUCUGAUUCAUUGUUUAUUGUGUAAAACUGGUUUCUUUUUGGGGGGUUUUCAAUUUAGAGACCACAGGUGUUUUAACUUGUCUGAUUUCUCUGUUUCCAAAUUCAUUUUGUUCUUCUGGGGAGCUACCAAAGUCGAACCAGAUAUAUUUUUUUAUGUUUCUUUAUGUUGUUCUCUUGCUUUCCCUAGUUGCUUCUUCAAUCAUCCUUGUAAAUGGUGAUUGGAUAUUGGAUUUUGGCUUUGCCUUAAAACUAGACAAGAAAUUGUGGUUCUUUUGCAGGUCUCUCACAUCACUUUCUGCUCUUUUGGUGUUUCGGUAAAUUUAAAUUGUAAGAACUUCUUGUUUGUUGGCUAAUUUCACAGUUUCCAUUGCUUCAAGCACAAGUUUUUAUUAGGACUCUCACGAGAACCC